AUGGCUGGGAAUCGGAAUAUGAUAGAUAUUGAUGAGAAAACACAUCAUCUGUCACUUGGUUUCCACUUUGAUCCUAGCUAUUUUGGGAUUCCAUCUGCCAAACAGUUGCGGACAUUUCUUUUGCCAUGUCAAGAAGUUUGGCCAAGUAAUGAAGGAAGACAGAAAAUGCCCAAUAAUGAAACUUCCUUUUCCAACUUUAGGAAUUUACGGGUGUUUGAUUUACAUAAUUCUGGAAUUGAGAAGGUGCCAACUUGCAUUCAGAAGAUGAAAUAUCUGAGGUAUCUUGACCUUUCCAGAAAUGAUAAAAUCAAGGCACUUCCAAAUUCUAUUUCUAGACUUCAACUUUUGCAAGUGCUGAAACUUUCCAAUUGUGAAGAGCUUAGAGAGCUACCAAAAGAUAUUACCAAGCUAGUCAAUCUCAGGCAUCUUGAUUGUGAGAGAUGUUGGAGUUUGACGCACAUGCCGUGUGGGCUUGGAAAAUUAACUUCCCUUCAAAUGUUAACUUGGUUUCCAGUUGCCAAAGAUAGUUCUGUCUCUAAUCAUGUUGGGGGCUUGGUUGAAUUGAAUCGGCUAAACUUGAGAGGAAGGAUAGAAAUAAGAAAUCUCAAGUGUGUGAAAUAUGAAUCAGAAUUUGAGUCAGCUAAUUUAAUGGAGAAGCCACUUCUUCAGUCAUUGAGUCUGUGCUGGAAUCGAGAUGAUGAUGAUGAUGACAACGACAAUGUAGAUGUCAACUAUGAUGAAAGGUGCUUGGAGAGGCUUCGGCCACACGAAAACCUGAAGAAGUUGAAGGUGUGUGAUUAUGGAGGCACGAAAUUCCCUGAUUGGCUUUCUUCCCUCACAAAUUUAGUUAAUAUUUGUAUACAAGAUUGUGGAAAUUGUGACCGUCUUCCCCGUUUGGAUCGAAUCCCCUCGCUUCAAUAUUUUCAAUAUUUAAGGAUUGAUGGAUUUCCUAAACUUGAGUUCAUAUAUCAUGAGGGGGAUAAUUUCCCUGGAGCAGGAGGCGGAGGAAAUGAAUCGACCUUCUUCCCAUCCCUGAAGGAACUGUAUAUCUUGGAUUGUCCUAGCCUGAAGAGUUGGUGGAAGAAAGGGGAUGAUUUAACCAUGAAAAUAACAGCAGAGCUCCCUCACUUUACUAGACUUUCUAAGCUAGAAAUUAGUGAGUGCCCUCAGCUGACUUGCAUGCCGCUAUUUCCAAACCUCGAUGAAAAGCUACUGUUGGAAAACUGCAGCUUAGUACAACACUUGCAGCAGAUGAUUAAGAUGUCGAUUGUUCAGGCAGUGCCAUCAACUUCUUCUUCAUCAUCUUCAUCAUCGUCAAUGCUUGGGCUCUCCAAAUUGAAGGCAUUGUGGGUUGUGUCAAUUGAAGAUCUCAAAGCUUUUCCUCAAGAGUUGCUACUGAUCCUCACUUCUCUUGAAGAAUUACAUCUCAAGGAUUGCCCACGGUUAGCCAGUUUACCUCUUGAAAUGCGUCAGCUCACUUUACGAGCUUUAGAUAUUAAAGGAUGUUCUCAAUUGAAGGAAAAGUAUGGAACUAGAAAGUGCUCCGAUUGGCGUAUAAUUUCUCACAUCCCAAAUAUUCAAAUUGAUGGGCAAAAGGUUCAAUGGGAUCGCAAAUAUUUAUGGGAUCAGGAGGAUUCUUCUAUCGUUCCUGCAAGUCCUCUCUCCAAAUUAAAGACGUUGAUAGUUGAGGAUCUCGAAUCUCUACCAGAAGACUGGCUGCCGAAUCUCACUCGUCUUCAGCACAGAAUCCAAUCAACUUAA